UGCUUUUAAAUAAAAUACGUGCAAGAUGGUGCUCUAUCAUAAAACAAAUAAACUUUGAUAAUUAGAAACUCGGAUGUGGUAUAUAAGGAUUUCUUAGUUGCUGACCCCGAGGUCGUUUGAUGUUUCAUCCAAUAUCUAGUUUCAUACGUUGGAAAUCGGCAUUAAAUGUUUUUAAUAUGUACAUGCGCGCGCUUCUGAGAAUGUCCAACAAAUAUAGCGUACAAUAUAGCAAGGAUUUAUAACUUGUCACGGCCAGUCGUCAGUGUGGUAAUAGAGCUGCUCCCAAAUACGGCUGAUAAUUCCAACGCAACUGUACCAUAUAAAUUAUGUACGUAAUUAUCAAUUGCGCAGAUUUUGCAGUCCACACGGUUCCUAUCGUCCAUCGUGUCAUCACAGACCAUAACCUAUAAAGGCACGUGCACUGCGUUGGUUCUGGAUAGCAAAAAGAGAGUAGCGAGAGUGGAAGAGAGAGAGAGAGAGAAGUGAAGAGCAUAAGGCGCAAGGAUUCACCAAUUGACACACCGAAACCGAACCGAAAACAGCUGUUGCUUAACUUAACCAUGGCAACAACAGCCGACCAACUAAUGGCAACUGCUCUGGUCCCGACCAACGGCACCAACGGCAAUCAGUCGACAUUGCUGACUGUCGCGACAACAAUGCAAUCGACGACGACUCCGAGCACGAAUUUGAAAUCAAAUUCAAACUCAAAUUCAAAUAAUGAGGAGGAGCAGCAGCAUCAAGUGGAUAACAACAAAUCGACCUCGCCAAAGCCAACUGCUAUGAACAGCUUAAAGCUUAUGAAAAUGGGCUCCGUGUCCACAAAGGACAAACGUGUCUACAAAAUUGUCCUUACGGGCGGUCCCUGCGGUGGCAAGACAACGGGCCAGAGUCGUUUGUGCACCUUCUUUGAGAAUCUUGGCUGGAAGGUAUUCCGCGUGCCUGAAACGGCCACUGUACUACUCAGCGGUGGCGUCAAGUUCUCCGAUCUGACCGAGAAAGAGGACCCACCUACGCCAACCACCUACGUUUACAAAGAUCUACCAUUUGCCGCACCGGAGCACAGUCUCAUCGAUCUGACCGCAUCCUGUCCACGUUGCCUGGCCAAGGCUGCCUCCAAGAAAAAUGGCAGCGAAGCUUAUAAAUUUCAGGAGAAUCUGAUACGCACAAUGGUGCAAAUCGAGAACACAUAUUUCGAGCUGGGAAACUCGAGCAGUCGCAAUUGUCUCAUCAUCUGCGAUCGCGGCGUCAUGGAUGCCAGUGCCUAUAUAUCAAAGGACAAAUGGGAGAAAAUGAUGGCGGGCAAUAAAUGGAAUCCCGUGGAGAUGCGUGAUAAUCGCUAUAAUCAAAUCUUGCAUCUGGUAUCUGCCGCAAAUGGAGCCGAGGAUUUCUACUCGACAGAGGAUCAUGCCUGUCGCUCCGAAGGCGUUGAACUGGCGCGAGAGUUGGACUACAAGUCAGCAGCCGCCUGGGUGGGACAUCCCUACUUCGACGUGAUUGACAACUCGACGAACUUUGAGACCAAAAUGAAUCGCAUGAUCGAAAGCGUGUGCCAAAAACUGGGCAUUGACAUUGGCGACCGUCUGCAAGCCACGUCACGCAAGCUCAAAUAUUUGAUUGCUAUGCUGCCGCCUGACAGCGAGUUUCCGCCGUUCGCAGACUUUGAUGUGGUCCAUCACUAUCUGCAGUCAGCCGGUCCUAAAGUGCAGGCGCGUCUGCGCAAACGUGGCCAAAAGAAUCACUGGAGCUACAUACACACCCAGCGUCGUCCCAAUGUGCAUGGCCAGGCCCGCAUCGAGGUGAAGACCCAACUGACGCAUCGCGACUAUAUGAACCUGCUGGCACAGCGCGAUGAUGCGCAUUUUACCAUCUAUAAGAAGCGACGUUGCUUCCUCAUCAAUAAUCAAUAUUUCCAGCUGGAUAUCUACAGGGAGCCGGGUCAUCCACGUUGCAAGGGUCUUGUGCUGUUAGAGACAUACUCCUCACUAACUGGAGAGGCGCUAAAGAACUGCAUGCCAAAGUUCUUGAACAUUGUUAAGGAGGUCACUGGUGAUCCGGACUAUUCCAUGUACAAUCUGUCGCUAAAAGAGGACUGGAGCACCACCAAAAAAUUCUGCCGCCCAGCAACGCAUGCAAGGGGAGCAACAAACGGAGUUACGAGUACGCCAUUGGUGCUCAAUGGGCUGUAGAAAUUUUUUAGAAUCUCGAAUAUCUUAACACGCAUAUUACUAAACAAAAACAAAAA